GCGUUCUAAAGCAUGACCUCUCGCCAGAAGCAGAGACUCCGGAUCGCAAUCUGUGGUGGGGGAAUCGCUGGUCUAACUGUUGCUGCCUUUCUCGCCAAAUGCCCUGAUAUAGACCUUCACGUCUUUGAAGGCAAGUCAAACAUUAGAGCAAUCGGCGCUGGGAUCGCGGUUUGGAAGAGAUAUUGGGAAAUCCUGGAAGAGAUAAGCGAUUUUUCAUCUGAGUGUACAUCACGUGGUUUACAGAUACGCCCAUGGUCAGAUGUUACCGGCCCAGUUGUUCGAAGAUCAGACAAUCCCUCACGUGGAAUAGACUUUGUCAAAAUACCACACGGACCAAGGCACUUACCUCGUGACGACCUUGUUGACAUACUUCACGGUCAUGUGAACGAUGGAAGGUGUCAUAUCAACACAAAUAAAAAACUUACAGCCUGGGCUCAGCAAGACCUCGGGAAGAUUGUCGUUAACUUCGAAGACAGUACAAGCAUUAUCGUUGAUCUAUUGAUCGGGGCGGAUGGUGUUCACUCCUGUGUACGACAGGGUAUUUUCAAAGGAACCCAAAACCUCUGCGAGCCUGAGUUCAGUGGUCAGUUUGCCUAUAGAUUGAGCUGCUCAAGGGCAGAACUCGAAAAGCAGAACCCUGAUAAUGAGGCUUUGCGUGGAUUUAAAAUUUGGUGUGGCAAAGGCCGACAUGUCACAUCAAACACCGUUAGGGAUGAGAUCCAGAUAACUGCUUACGAUAAUGUCUUUGAUGCGAAUGGAUCACCUGCCCCUUUUAGUGGACCGUGGGUCUCGGAAGUGCCUGCUGCAUGGAUUGCCGAACGAUAUAAUGGCUGGGAACCAGAUCUAGUAAGUCUCUUACAAUUGCCGAAAACUGCAUCGCGCUGGGCAAUCCAUGUGGUUCACCCUCUUCCAUCGUUUGUAGCAGAUCGAGUAUGCCUGAUUGGCGACGCAGCCCACGCCAUGACACCCCAUCGAGGACUGGGUGGUGGCCAGGGAAUCGAGGAUGCGUAUAUUCUAGCUCGACUCAUCGCGGAUUCUCGAACCACUGCAGCAAAUCUUCCCAACGUUCUCAAGAUAUACGAUUCCAUCCAGCGACCCUCUUCUCAGGAGGCGGCGCGACAGUCGUUUGUUAACGGGCUACUAUACGGUUUCUUGGAUCCGAGAGUUGCCAACAGUUCGUUGGGAGAGGUUGCUGAAUUGCUCAUCGAUAGUUGCAGUUGGAUGCUUGAAAAAGACGCCGCGAGGAAAGGGUGGGCGAAGGCGGAAUCUGCUCUUGCUACACUAGUUUAAUGCUUAAACCCAUUAUCGAGGAGGGUUGUAGGAGUCUCCCUCAGGCGCAGGGAGUUUGAUACUAGUUUGAAUGUACAUAUCGUCGUGUGGUAGUUGAUACUAUCCUGAAUUUCAUCG